CAUCAGGAGAGCUUUGUGCGAGCUUCUGGGAAGGAGGUCGCGAUGGCGGCGCUGGUGCCGGAAGUGCUGUCCGCGGUUGCAGUCCCUGAUUUGGAAUGGUUUGAGAAGGCGGAGGAGACCCACGUCCCCCAGAUGGAACUACUCGAGACUACCUCCGAUCAAGUACCUUUUAACCCUUCGGAACAUUUUUGCCCCAGAGACUGCAUGGUGCCUGUAGUGUUUCCCGGGCCUGUGAGCCAGGAAGGCUGCUGCCGGUUUACUUGUGAACUUAUAAAGCAUAUCAUGUACCAACGCCAGCAACUCCCUCUGCCUUAUGAACAGCUUAAGCACUUCUACCGAAAACCUUCUCCCCAGGCAGAGGAUCUGGUAAGGAAGAAAUCUUGGACCGCCGCUGAGACGAGCAGCAGGAAAUGCCAACAAGCUCUGGCAGAACUGGAGAGUGUCUUCAGCCAUCUGGAGAGCCUCUUUGCCCGGACACUAGUACCACGAGUGCUGAUACUCCUUGGGGGCAGUGCUGUAAGCCCUAAGGAGUUCUACGAGCUCGACUUGUCACGACUGGUCCCUGACGGCAUGGAGCAGAGCCUGAACACAGCAGCUUGUUUGCGCCGUCUCUUCCGAGCCAUUUUCAUGGCUGAUGCGUUCAGUGAACUUCAAGCUCCUCCACUUAUGGGUACCAUCAUCAUGGCCCAGGGGCAUCGUGACUGUGGAGAAGAUUGGUUCCGACCUAAGCUCAGCUACCGAGUGCCCAGUCGGGGCCACAAACUGACUGUGACCCUGUCCUGUGGCAGGCUGUCCAUCCCAACCACAGCCUGGGAGGAUUACAUCUGGUUUCAGGCACCAGUGACACUUAAAGGCUUCCACUAA